UAGACAUGCUUGUACACUUUUCUUUUGUUCUACGUUGAAUGAACCUCUUUGUUCUUUUUCGGACCCACAAUGGUACACCAAACUCAAAAUAACCUUAGCGCUCAUCAUAUAAGAGGACAAUGGGCUUUCCGUGUUUCUCCAACUUGCUCGCGCGAUUUUGGCUGUACCUUGCCAUUUCCUUUCGUUUCUUUCCUAGAUCUUUUGAGAACAUCCUCAUCAUGAACGUUCUGAACUCUCAUUCUUUUUCGUACUCCGUUGAUGCUGGUACAUCCUCAUAUACAUAUCUGAAGAACGGUCCUCCCACGAGCUGUGAUACAACAAAUUCAAAAACGACCAGUUCCUCUAUGGACCACUGUACAAUAGUAGAACAACAAUCAUACACCGAAUUCUGCUUGAAGCUGGGAAGCACUAUGCCGAAACAGGAAGAUGCUCGUGGAAAUACGUUGGAAUCACCGCGGAGGAGGCGUUCGUAUGUGUGCAAUUGGAGGCAAAACAUCACUCCCCUGAAAAUAGGCCCACCACCGUCGCCGUUGGGCAUAUCUGACUUCCCGACAUCUCCAGUUGCGAUUGUGAGCGCAGAGCAACUACGCGUUACCUCCCUUCCUCCAUAUGAUCCUCGGACGGCUUCUGCACUAGCUGGAUCCUCUACCUCUGAACUAUCUGAACAAUCCAUUGUUGACGAGCCCACAAACUUUCAUGACUUGUAUGAUGCUGAGCUCGAGCAGAUAAUCGACGGUAUAGAAACAUCUUCUGCCUCCUCCUCAAGUUUAUCAGCUACAGUGUAUAUUCCCCCAGCUAAUUAGGUGAACGAAUGAGGAACGCGGCUCGUCCCCAAAGGUCUCUUUCAUCCCUUGUCCGUUGGUUUCCUACCAGAAUCAAAUACUCCCUUCUUUCCCGCGCCCACAAAGU